UUGUUCAGGAGUUUAUAGACCAAAUUGAAAGGCACAAUUCAAACAGAAUGCGCCUUAAUGCUGUUAUAUCCGUUCUGGAUUGUAGCUUAGCUUUGCAUUGUCAUUGGCCCCGAACUAGGAAUACCAACAACCGUAUAACCGAUCGGGUAGCUGAAUCUCUUCAGCUUAUCAAGGCUGGUUUGAUCAUCCUCGGAAAAGGCAAUUUAACAUCAAAGGUUACUCCUAUAUUGGCUGGAGUGCAUAUAUGGGCCAGACACUUUCCGCUCACAAACUACCAGACUUAGAGAACCAAUAUCAUCCUAUGUGUAUCCGUAC